GUCUUUAUGGACCCUUUUCUCAAAAUCUACAGAAAAAAAACAACAGAAUCCUUUCACGAGGACACUCUGUUGAAAGCUAAUAGAGAGACACACAAUUGUUGAAGUCCCUAGGAGUCGUCCAAUCAAAACUCAUUCAAACUAUGGAGAAACAACCAGAGAAACCACAAAAAAGGAGUUCAUUACUGGACAUUGUUGAAUCAAAGCUUCAUGAUGUGAAGGAAAGAGAGAGGCUGAGAGAAAAAAACCUGAGUGAUAAAAAAAGGCAAGCAGAAAAAGAAAUAAUAACACAUAUAACAAAUGAAACAACUGUAGAUCACUCAGAAAAAGCUGAAAUGUGUCAUUUUGACAUGAUACAGAUGGCACAAUGUCUUGAGGAGCAAAAUGAGCAAACCGAAGCUGAGGAACCAUGUGAAGUGACCCCAGAACAACAUGGGAGAGAAAAAAUACAGGGUGAUAAAGAGAAUCAAGCAGAGAAACAAGUGAUACAUAUAACAAAUGAAACAACUGAAUAUCAGUCAGAAAAAGUUGAAAUGUGUAAUUUUGACAUGAUACAGAUGGCACAAUGUCUUGAGGAGCAAAAUGAUCAAACCGAAGCUGAGGAACCAUGUGAAGUAACCACAGAACAACAUGUGAGAGAAAAAAUACAGGGUGAUAAAGAGAAGCAAGCAGAGGAAGAGGUGAUACCAAAUGAAACUGUAGAUCAGUCAGAAAAAGUUGAAAUGUGUCAAAUUGACAUGAUACAGAAGGCAAAAUGUUUUGAGGAGCAAAAUGAGCAAACUGAAGCUGAGGAACCAUGUGAAGUGACCCCAGAACAACAACACAUGAAGGCUGUUGAUAAAGAGGAGGAAAGAGAGCCAAAAAUUACAGUUCUGAUGACAAAUGAGGAAGCAAAGGGAAUAUUUGAGUGUGAAAAAGAUACAGACAUUCAUAAAGCAAUUCAACCUGACAGUGUCAAAACAGACAAUUGUCAAGAGCCACAAGCUGCUGUAAUAGAAAAAUAUUUUUCGACAGACAAACCUAAUAAGACUAAUCUCAGUGAACAAUCAAAUAAAGUCACUACUAAUGAGGAAAAUGAGGAUGUUAUGGAGAUACAGAAGCAAGAAUUUCUCAGUGGAGCGGUGUGUCCAGAUGCCAAGGAGUCACAAGAUGACACAGAUAAUGUGUUUCUGUGUAAAGCAAAAGAGAACAUGCAUUUAAAAUCAGAAAGCACUGAGAAGAAUGAAAGUAUAAACACAACACCUAAAAAGCAAGAAGAGGAGCACGUUUAUGAAGUACCUGAUGUUAUACUCACUAGUUCUGCUGAAUACAUUUAUGAAACAGAAAGUGUUAAAGAACCACUGAAGCACCUGGACAACGUCACACUUCACAUUGCUGUUACAGGAUCAACUGGAGCAGGAAAAUCCAGCUUUAUCAAUGCAAUACGAGGUCUGAAACCUGACGACAUAAACGCAGCUCCCACAGGAGUGACUGAGACGACAAUGACAUCAACAGUGUACGCACAUCCUACAAUGCCCAGUGUAAAAUUUUGGGACCUGCCAGGGACUGGAAGUCCCAAAUUUAAAGCCAAAAAAUAUCUAAAGAAUAUGAAACUUGAAACCUUUGACUUCUUCAUCAUCAUCUCCUCCGAGAGAUUCAAAGAAAAUGAUAUCAUGCUGGCUAAAGCAAUAAAAGAGAAGAAGAAGUUGUUCUACUUUCUCCGCUCGAAGACUGACAAUGACAUUCGAGCAGAAUCUCAAAGGAAAGACUUCGAUGAGCAGAAAGUUCUCUCACAUAUUCGCGAGGACUGCCAUAGAAACCUUAAUGAUGUGGAUAACCCAAAACCAGACAUUUUUCUGAUUUCCUCUUUUGAAUUGCAUAAAUAUGAUUUUCAAACCCUCAUCGAAACACUGGAGAAGCAGCUACCUGCUCACAAGAAAGAUGCUUUGAUUUUGUCCUUGCCAAUAUACUCCUCUAAGAUUCUGGAUGAGAAAAUUGAGUUGUUUAUGAAACAAACCUGGUCGGCAGCCGUCGCCUCUGGGUCCAUUGCUGUGGCUCCAGUGCCUGGUCUUUCCAUGGCUUGUGAUGCUGCCAUUUUGCUGGCUUUCUUCACCAAGUGUUUCUAUGCGUUCGGUCUGGAUGAUGAAUCAAUAGAUAAGCUUUCGGUCAGAGUCAACAAUCCAUCCCUCAAAUCUGUAAGAAAGUCACCUCUAGUGAUAGCUAUUGGGCAAAAGAAACUCAGUAGUAAGGAGUUAUCAGCACUGACAAAUAGGGAAGCAGCAGUUAAAUUUGCGUGGAGCAUGGUUCCUGUUGUAGGUAGUAAAAAAACUGCAGAAAUGUCUUACUCCGCAACAUUGAACCUUCUGCGAGCAGGAGUUCAGGAUCUUGCUGAGACAGCCAAAGAAGUGCUGAAAGUGGCAGGUCUGACUGACGUCUACUGAAAUCACAGACUGAGAUCAGUCAAGAGGUCAUGCCAUUGAUCUUUUUCCUUAAGCCUUUUUUACUUUUUUUACGCAGUCACAUUCACUCAUAAGUACUAACUCAAAAUUAUGCUGAGCUGCAUGUAAUUACUGACUGUUUUGA